AUGAGGUGGAUCAGGGCCUGUAUUACAAUGGUCCGAUUCUCAGUUUUUCUAAACGGCCCCAAAUAUGGAUACUUCCAGCCACAAUGUGGAAUUCGUCAAGGCGAUCCGCUAUCACAUCUGUUGUUUGCCAUCUAUAGUGAAGCCUUUGCAGCAAAAAUCAGCCAAGCUGUUGCGAAUUCCUCCCUCCAUGAUCAACGGGUACACCGAUCAGCUCCUCCCCUCUUACACCUAUUUUUCGCCGACGAUUCCUAUUUGUUUCUGAGAGCAUCUAUUCCUGAAUGUGCAACAUUGCUUCAAUUGCUUUCUGACUAUGAAAUGUUUAGUGGGCAGCGGGUUAACCUGCACAAAUCUGCUGUGUGUGUAAGUGAAAAUGUUCAGAACAGGAACUAUUGGCAAUCAGCUCAUAUUUAG